CGCGAGAUCCGGGCAACUGAGCGCUCGGGGCCUUUUCAAAUCGGGAUCCGUUACCGCUUUGCCGGCCGCCGCCAUUGUCGCGCUCGGAGCCCCUCGGCGCAGGCGGCGGAGGCGGAGGCCGUAGCGGCGGGAUGGCUGACGCCGACAAGCCUGAGGUGCUUAGGGCCGCUGGCGACGACAGCCCGCAUCGGCAGCCCUCGGAGCCGCCGGGCGAGCCCCGGCGAGAACCUCACCCGCCCGAGCAGGAGAAGCAGCCUCCGCAGCACAGCAGCAGCUCCAAUGGCGUUAAAAUAGAGAAUGAUGAAUCAGUCAAAGAAGAGAAAUCUGAAUUAAAAGAAAAAUCUACAGGGAAUAAGAAGGCCAAUAGAUUCCAUCCUUAUUCAAAAGAUAAGAAUUCAGGCACUGGAGAAAAGAAGGGUCCAAAUCGUAACAGAGUUUUUAUUAGCAACAUCCCAUAUGACAUGAAAUGGCAAGCUAUUAAAGAUCUAAUGAGAGAAAAAGUUGGUGAGGUUACAUACGUGGAGCUCUUUAAGGAUGCGGAAGGAAAAUCAAGGGGUUGUGGUGUGGUUGAAUUCAAAGAUGAAGAAUUUGUCAAGAAAGCACUAGAGACAAUGAACAAAUAUGACCUUAGUGGAAGACCUUUGAAUAUUAAAGAGGAUCCUGAUGGAGAAAAUGCUCGUAGGGCACUGCAACGAACAGGAGGAUCAUUUCCAGGAGGACAUGUACCCGAUAUGGGAUCGGGAUUGAUGAAUUUACCACCUUCCAUUCUCAAUAAUCCAAACAUUCCUCCUGAGGUUAUCAGUAAUUUGCAGGCUGGUAGACUUGGUUCCACAAUUUUUGUUGCUAAUCUUGACUUCAAAGUUGGUUGGAAGAAGCUAAAGGAAGUGUUCAGCAUAGCUGGAACUGUAAAGCGGGCAGAUAUUAAAGAAGACAAAGAUGGCAAGAGCAGAGGAAUGGGCACAGUCACUUUUGAACAAGCAAUUGAAGCAGUUCAAGCUAUUUCUAUGUUCAAUGGGCAGUUUUUGUUUGAUAGACCUAUGCAUGUGAAAAUGGAUGACAAGUCUGUCCCUCAUGAAGACUACCGUUCACAUGACAGUAAAACACCACAGUUACCACGUGGUCUUGGAGGCAUUGGAAUGGGACUUGGUCCAGGUGGACAACCUAUUAGUGCCAGCCAGUUGAACAUAGGUGGUGUAAUGGGAAAUUUAGGUCCAAGUGGUAUGGGAAUGGAUGGUCCAGGUUUUGGUGGAAUGAAUAGAAUUGGAGGAGGAAUUGGGUUUGGUGGCCUGGAAGCAAUGAAUAGCAUGGGAGGAUUUGGAGGAGUUGGUCGAAUGGGAGAGCUAUACCGUGGUGCGAUGACUAGUAGCAUGGAGAGAGAUUUUGGACGUGGUGAUAUUGGAAUAAAUCGAGGCUUUGGAGAUUCCUUUGGUAGACUUGGCAGUGCAAUGAUUGGAGGGUUUGCAGGAAGAAUAGGAGCUUCUAACAUGGGUCCAGUAGGAUCUGGAAUAAGUGGUGGAAUGGGUGGCAUGAACAGUGUGACUGGAGGAAUGGGGAUGGGACUGGAUCGGAUGAGUUCCAGCUUUGAUAGAAUGGGACCAGGUAUAGGAGCUAUACUGGAGAGAAGCAUCGAUAUGGAUCGAGGAUUUUUAUCGGGUCCGAUGGGAAGCGGAAUGAGAGACAGAAUAGGCUCCAAAGGCAACCAGAUAUUUGUCAGAAAUCUGCCUUUUGACUUGACUUGGCAGAAACUAAAAGAGAAAUUCAGUCAGUGUGGUCAUGUAAUGUUUGCAGAAAUAAAAAUGGAGAAUGGAAAGUCAAAAGGCUGUGGAACGGUCAGAUUUGACUCCCCAGAAUCAGCUGAAAAAGCCUGCAGAAUAAUGAAUGGCAUAAAAAUCAGUGGCAGAGAAAUUGACGUUCGCUUGGAUCGUAAUGCAUAAUUUGAAACCACGGUUGGAACAUUCUUAUAUCUGUUUUGCUGAAUCUCCUAGUAAACGUCAUUUUUUAAGUAAUACUGUCUGCUUACAAAAAGUUGUAAAAAUGAACUUCUAAAACUUCCCACCAGUUUUUAACAGUAUAGUGUUAAAUAUACUGUGAUUUUUUGUUAAUCUCAAGUUUGGGUUUUUAAGACAGCAAGUCUGGUCAUUCAGUUUAAAUGAAUGGUUAUACUAGUUUUAAUGAAGUAAGCCAUUUUUUUGUUAUUUUCAGUUCUACAUAGUGGGAUUUGUUUGUUAAAAGUGUCCCCAGUUUUUAUCAACUUAUUGUAAGGUAAAGCAUAGAUGGUUUUUUCCAAAACUUCUGUUUAAUAUAUGUAAUUGUCCUUGAAAAGAAAGGGCUCAGACAAAUUAGGAUAUGAUUUUGGUUGACUUUAAAUUACUUUUGUUGAUUAAAAAAUUACUGUAAGGAAGUUUUAGAUCCUGAAGUUCAGAAUAUUUUUUAUUUGAGUUAAAUGAAGAAAUGGAGUUUUUCUUCUUUGCUCUUCCCCAUCAUUCACAUUUUCCACAUAACACUGUUAACAUUAAUCACCACAGCCCCUUAUUUUAUUGUUCCCAAUAAUUCCAAGUUCAUAUAGAACUGAUAAUGUUGUAAGCCCCAAGUACAGUAACAGACAGACUACUCCCAACUUUCUGUCUAGUUUCCAGCCAUUGAGGUGAACUGCUAAGAAAAGGAAAACAAUUGAAAUGUUGAGAAAGAUGGUUAUGUAAGUUAGUCCUCUACUGUUCACUUCUAUAGGAGCAGAUGCAUUUAUAAAUGCAGUUUUAAUAAGCCAUGGAACACCUAGGCAUAGCAUAUCAAAGACAUUGGAUCCCACGAUGUUAGACAUAGCCAUGUCUCCUUUGCCUGCAAAAAAAGCAUGUUGUUAAAUGUGCAUACCAAUACUGUAUUUUAUUAAUAAGCUUCAUAAGAAAAAACACUGGAUACUUUUUCUGUUUGUUUUGGGAAAUUGUUGUAUUAGAGCAAAAGUCUUACUGAAUUUGUAUUUUUAAAUUUUAGGGGGUUAGUAUUUAAAGUCUUAACAUUUAUUUAUCUAAUAAUAAUUAUCCUUAUUUAUUAAACCAUUUUUCAAUAAGGUAUAUAGAUUACUUGUUGCUUUUCAUUCUAACAAGGUUAAUUAUGAUUUAAUUCACAUUUCAGGUGAAUAUUAUUUAGGGGAUUAGAUUUAGUGAAGUUAAUCUGCUAUUAAAUAGUAAAUGCUUCCUCCUGAGUUCUUUUUUCUUCAAAGUAUGUUACUGAGGAAAUAUUUUAAAGGUAUCUUUGCUUAGUGUAUUUCAGUCAGGCUUUUAAGAAUGGGCAUUGCAGCUUGAGGGACCCAGUUCUUACCUUUUCUUGCAACCAACACACUUGCGAUUGUGUCUGGUAUGCUUGUUCCUGCUGCUAAUAAAGUAAGACCCAUUACUGUAUCUGGAAUUUCUAAUGUUUCCCCUGUAACAAACAAAGAUAUUACAUAUUACAAAUCUUAUAGAUUCACUAACUGUUCUCUGCAGAUAUUUCUUUCCUGAAAAAGAAAAUAGACAUAUUUAGAUUUCAGAACCAAUAUGUACUUAGAUUUUAGGUAGCAAAAUAUUUUAAUAAUAUUGGUGAAUUGGUAACCAAGGUAGCACAGAUUUUUCAUGACAGGUGGUGAUAUUUAAUACACAAAAUUCUACCGAGGAAUAAUUUCCCUAUCUGGUAUGCUUAUAGAAGUUUUGGAUAUCCACUGUUAUCAAGGCUGUUGCUUAAAAUAUGCCAAUAAAUUGGUCAUUUUCUCUUUUCCUUUUUAAAAACAUUUCCUAAAGAGGUCAGAUUUAAGCAAAUUAUUUAUAGCUAUUUUUAGGCUGUAAAUGUGUUAACAUGGUAUGCAUUUUUAAAGUUCUACUUUAGUGAUAUACCUUAGUUUAGGUGUUUCCUUUGGGAAAUCAUAAAUCUGAGGAAAACAGAAUAGGCUUCUACUUGAGUCUUUCUAACUUUGUGGUCCUGGUUUAAUACUUCUGUUAAAUCAGAUGGCAGUUCAUCAUUAUUCAUAAAUGUAUCCAUUUUGGGAAACAGAACUAGAAUGCAACUGCUCUUAAUAUUGUAAUUGAAAACUUGCUUUACAAUUCUUUUUUUCUUAAAAGUGUUAACGAAAAAAAACUUCAAGUAGCAUAUUUAUUGCAUGCUUAUAUAUUGCUAUUGGAACUGUAAUUGGUUGUUAAUUUGUUACUGGUUUGCCAGAGUUCAUAUGUACAUAAAUAACACUAACAUUUAUCAUCUUGGGGACUGUUCUGUGAUCUAGUACUUAAUUUUGUUCUUUUCUUGCUUUCCUGAUGUCAAAUAUGAUCUGGCUGAGAACAUUUAUGGAGAGCUUUAAUAUGCAGGCUAUUGGAUUUUUCCAUAUUAUGCAUAAAAAAAAGAAAUAUUCUUAGAAUAGCAUACUAUUCUAAGUCACAUUAAUUUGAGAAAAGUCAGAGGUCAGGAAACUUUUUUUUGAAAGGGUGAGAUAGUAAUUUUUUUAGGUUUUGUAGGCUAUACAAUCUGUUCAGUUAUUCAGCUCUGCCAGUAUAAUGUGAAAGCAUUCAUGGAUAAUAUAUAAAUGGAUGGUCAUGACUGUUCAGUAAAACUUAACUCGCAAAAACAGGAGACUCAGUGAUUUGGGUACACAGAUGGUGGUUUGCUCACCUCUGAUUAAGUCCGUUCAGGUUAACCUUUUUGGGAGAAAUUCCUGAUUUUUUUUUUUGUACAUUGUUUGUAUUCAGUUUUUCCUUCUGAACUAGGAGUUCUUUGGGACUAGAGCUGUUUAUGGUCAGGCAGUUGUGGUUAAAUCUUAAUCAUGAAAGUAGUAGAAACUAAAAUGAGACUUUAUUUUAUACCCUUUUUAUUCAUUUUGUAGUACGUUUGUAUUGCCAUAUUAAAAAACAAAAUGUAAUCCAGUUAAACAGUGAAUACCCAUUGUUUUCUGAAAACACUGGCACCUUGCUAUGUGUUAAAUUAUGGAAUGGGAUUCAGUAUAAGGACUAUCUUGUGGACCCAUGCAAUGUGAUUUAAUUGUUAACAAAACAGAAAUUCUGUGAAUUUGAUAUCAUUUAUAACAUGUUCCUUUGACUUGUACCCCUGCGCUGUGUAAUAGUGACCCCUGCGCUGUGUAAUAGCUGACGUGGUAUACACCUCACAAAACCUGAGUGAGCUUGUUGGUAUAUUAAUAUUUAAUCUUUUUGUAAAUAGCACUAAUCUUUAUUUUUAGUCUUUGCUGAAAAACAAAUUUUCUCUUUAACUAUACUUAGUGAAUACAUGCUGUACUUAUAUACAACUGAUUAUUUUUAAAUUGUGCUCUUAAGAUAUUAUACAUACCAGUUAUUGUGACCAUCCAGACCAGGAUAUAUGUAAAUGCAGAUAUCCACAGUGCUGACAUAAAAAAUGUUAUCACAAAAUACUUUCUCCAAAACUUUCUUCUACAAUCUGGUGUGGUUAGAAAAAGUAGUAUAAUAAUGGGAAGGGAUAGUACCCAAAAAAUUCUUUUUAAGUCUGCUUCAGGCAUGCUGAAAACACUUGGCGGAUCUGUUAAGGAAAAAUUAAACGAUUCUGAGUUUUCUCAAAUGGCCAAUUAAGUUAGAAAUGUCCAUUUAAGAAGCUAUAUUGAAAUAAAUUAGCUGUAUCAGUUUUUAAGAGGCUAUUUAAAACAUUUGAAUAUCUCAUUACUGAUAUUGCUGGCAAAAAGAAGCUAAUUGAGACUUGAGGGCUGACUAUAAAAUGUGAUACUCAGCAUUUCUUUAUUUGGGGUCUUAAAUCCAUCAAAGUGUUUAGGGUCAUUCACUAAGUGUGUUAGAAACAUAAUGUUUCUGAAGUAUCAGUUCAGCAUCUCUUGAUUUUCUACAGUGUGGAUGGUUUUUAGUAACUUUUGCUCAUGGGAUUAACCUGGUGCCUUCCCUCAGCAACCCCAGUUGUCUCCACUUCCCAGUAUUGAUGAUACCUCUAGCCUGCCCUAUGUAUCACAAAAUGUAUACUUAGGGAGUAAAAGAUAGCUAUAGCAUAAUCUUUUUAUUAAGUUGAAUAUUUCUGAUUCUCAUUAUAGGUCAUUUUACGGGGCUUAUUUCAUCAUUUUCUUUCAUUAAUUUACUAAACAAAAUUCACCAAAAGUCUUAGAACCUUAAGAAAAUUGGAAGUAGUAUUGAAUCUACAGUGUAACUUAUAAAACUUGAGUAUGUUUUUUAAAUUCAAUUUGUUCUAUUAACUUGGUGGAAGAAGUCAAUAAUAAUCUAUUAGAUAAAAAGGAGACUUCACUUUAGAUUGUUUAAAAUUUGUAUGGCAUUUAUGAAAUAUUGGGUUGGCCAAAAAGUUUGGACGGUUUUUUCCAUACCAUCUUAUGGAAAAAAUUGAACAAACUUUUUGGCCAGUCCAAUGCUAUGCCCAUAUAUUAGGUCACAUUACAACUAAUAUUAAUGAAACAACUCAUAAUUUUUUUUUCUUUUUUUUUUUGGCCACAUUGCAGCCAAUGGGCCAGAAAGUAACAGAUAUAAUUUUAUUGUAAUAAAAAAUGUUUGCACUGGUUGUUUUAGUUUCUUGUUACAAAAUUUAACUUAGAAAUGUGUACUUCUUGUACCUGAAAGACAAGAAACUAUAAUUUUUGUAAGGGGAAAAUUCAUGUUUUAAUUUUUUCAGGUAAUAAAUUACUAAGUUUCCUGUCUAAUGUACUAA